UACUAUCGCUAUGUGUUGAAAAAUAUGAGAGUAGCAACAGCAGCUAGUCGCUUCUUAUUCACAUCCUCCUUUCCAUCUAAUUUUAACAACCGCCAUUUCAUAAACCCUUCUUCUUUUAUUAAACCCUUAAGAACAACUGCAAAUUUGAACAAAUCCCCUCAAUCUCGCCGUCGCCUAGGGUUCUGUGAUUCUUCCCCGCCACCAGUAUCCGCCGCGACUUUUUCGCCGAAAAUGUCGCCGCCGCCGGAGGUCGAGGUUAGAGAGAGCAUUGAACUGAACGACAAGGAGGUGCAGAUAUUUGAUCGGUUGCGAGAUGUUCUGCGACAUUUUCGGCUCGAUACGCAGCUUCGUGUUGCGGGUGGUUGGGUGCGCGAUAAGCUUCUAGGCAAAGAAUGUUACGACAUUGAUAUUGCUCUUGAUAACAUGUUGGGUAGAGAAUUUUGUGAAAAAGUAAAUGAGUACUUGAUAUCUACGGGGGAAGAGACCCAUGGAGUUGGUGUCAUUCAAAGCAAUCCUGACCAGUCCAAACACUUGGAAACUGCCACAAUGCGCCUUUAUGAUGUAUGGAUUGAUUUUGUCAACUUAAGAGCUGAAGAUUACUGUGAGAAUAGCCGCAUUCCUACGAUGAGAUUUGGUACAGCAGAAGAAGAUGCUUAUCGAAGAGAUUUGACAAUUAAUAGCUUGUUUUACAACAUUAACAGUAGGGCUGUUGAAGAUUUGACUGGAAAAGGCAUUGAAGAUCUUAGGGCUGGGAAAAUUGUAACACCUCUACCUCCAAGGGAAACUUUUUUGGAUGAUCCCUUACGAGUUCUUCGAGCCAUACGUUUUGGUGCAAGAUUUGAAUUUAUACUGGAUGAAGGCCUGAAAAAGGCCGCUUCUGCUGAUGAUGUGAGAGCAGCUAUUGCGGAUAAAAUUAGCAGAGAACGUAUUGGUCAUGAAAUAGAUCUUAUGGUAGCUGGCAAUCAACCUGUCAAGGCAAUGUCUUAUGUAUCUACUCUGCAAUUGUUUUGGGUUGUCUUUAAUCCCCCUCCAAAUGUUAAUCCUCCAAUCCCAGAAGAACAUGAAAGGCUUUGUGUUGCCUACAUGGAUGCUGCAUGGAAGGUUUUGCAAUCAAUUGGAGGAUCCUUUAGUGGUGAUCAGAAGAGACUCUCCUUAUAUGCUGCACUACUUCUACCAUUGAGGAAUACAGUUUACAUUGAUCACAAAUCCAAGAAGAUCCCAGCUGUCAGCUACAUCUUCCGGAAUUCACUGAAGCUAAAAUCAAGUGAUGCUGAAACGGUUUUGCGUCUACAUGAAGCAGCAGAGAAAUUCAUGACGUUAUUUCCUUUAAUCAUUUCCAACGAGGAAAAAAUAUCUGAAGUUUCUUGGAAAAGAGAAAUUAUUGAUGUACCUGUUGCUUCAAAGUUGCGAAUAUUAAUAGGAUUACUUCUUCGAGAAAUCAAAGAUUUUUGGCGUCCUGCGUUGUUGCUCUCGACAAUUCUCUAUUACGAUGAUAUUGAUAGUUCAAGUUCAUUUGAGCAAUCUAAAUUGGACAAAAGCAUAGUCUUAUUCAAUCAGGUUGAGAGUGCAGUUACCACGCAAGGUCUUGACAAAAUAUGGGAAGUGAAGCCAUUGGUUAACGGAAAGGAAAUUAUGAGCGUUUUGCAGCUAAAGACAGGAGGACCUCUUGUGAGGGAAUGGGUAGAAAAGUUGCUUGAAUGGCAGCUUGCUCACCCUUCUGGGUCUGCCGAGGAGUGCAUCGACUGGAUGAGACAAGCUCAGUCAAAGCGUGCAAGGACGGAAUAAGCGGUCUUUAUAAUUCUUCAUACUUCCCAUAUUAACUUACAGAACCCCUCCCCACUUUAGUAUGAUACCAACUUCAUGUCAAAGGGCAGGUGAAGAGUAGUGUAUAGCAGAUGGUAGUUAACAGAUCCUCUAAUCGUGACUCAAAUCAGAGAGGACGGAGAAAAAGCAAUAUUAGAUCAAACUAUAUAAGCAAAUUUUGCUGUCAGCCUACUGAUUUGUUAAAUUAGGUGAGACGGAGUUUGUCGGAUACUGGUAAUGGAAUCAUGGCAUAGAUCUUAUAACAGUGAUAAAUAUAUUGAUCAAUGAUUUAACUCAUGCACAAACAGGUGUAAUUUUUUCCAUCAGUCGUGUGGUGAUGUGGUCAUACCUGUGGGCUGUGCUGUAACCUGUUACUGUCUCACAUGUAUGUAAUUUAGUAAAGAAUAGGAUGAAGAAUAUUAUUUUGUGUUUAUUUGUUUAGCACACUUGGUAAAGAACAAGUGAAGAAUAUAAUUUGGUCAUUUGGUU